GCUAGACUCUAGAGUGAAGAAAAUAUUAGUGAGAUUGUGGAUCAUACAUUGCUGGCUGGUAUAUUGAAUGCAUUUCGCAAUUUGCAACAACCACAUUGUCCCUUCUUUAAUGUGUGCUUCUCUAGUCAAAACUUCUUCUGCUUUACAACUUGGCAAUACUUGCACUAGUCCUUUAAAAGGGUUGGUUCUAAAUACAUCUAUCUAUAAGAGCAUCAACAUAUAGUAGUACUACCAUUAUCAUAAGAGUGAUUGAGAGAAUUGUUUGUUAAUGAAAGUACAAAUGGGUCCGGUAUCGGAAAAUGUUUUGAUGAAAAUGGUGCUUUUAUUGGGUUGUAUUGUGGUUAGUGUACUCAGUCAAGAGAGUACUACUUUGGUUCCAGCCAUUAUAACAUUUGGAGAUUCAGCUGUUGAUGUUGGUAACAAUGAUUAUCUCCCUACUCUUUUCAAAGCUAAUCAUCCUCCUUAUGGCAGGGAUUUUGCUAAUAAGAAACCUACUGGUAGAUUCUGCAAUGGCAAACUUGCUACUGAUAUUACUGCUGAAACACUUGGUUUCACAACAUACCCACCAGCAUAUCUGAGCCCACAGGCCUCAGGGAAAAACCUACUUAUUGGAGCAAAUUUUGCAUCUGCUGCAUCUGGUUACUAUGACAAAACUUCCAUUCAAUCUAAUGCAAUUCCCUUGACGCAACAAUUGGAAUAUUACAAGGAAUACAAGACUAAACUAGCCAAAGUCGCCGGGGCUGCAAAAGCAGCGACAAUCAUCAAGGAAGCAUUGUACAUUGUUAGUGAAGGAAGUAGUGAUUUUGCUCAGAAUUACUAUGUCAAUCCUUUCCUCAACAAGCUUUACACUCCUGACCAGUAUUCUACUUUCCUCGUCGGUAUCUACUCGAGCUUCAUUGAGAACUUAUACGGGUUAGGAGCUAGAAGAAUUGGGGUUACUUCAUUGCCACCAUUGGGUUGUCUUCCUGCAAUGAUUACUCUAUUGGGGCAUGGUGAGCAAGGGUGUGUCGCACGUCUCAACAUGGAUGCCCAAGGCUUUAACAAGAAGGUUGGUGCAGCAACAGUGCAGCUACAAAAGAAGUUCCCUGACCUCAAAAUCGCCAUCUUUGACAUUUACACACCUUUCCUCGAUCUUGUUCAAUCUCCUGCCAAAAACGGAUUCACGGAGGCGAAGAAAGGUUGUUGUGGAACAGGGACAGUUGAAACAACAUCAUUCUUGUGCAAUGCUAAGUCUCCAGGAACAUGCUCCAAUGCUACCCAAUACGUGUUCUGGGACGCUGUUCACCCAUCUCAGGCAGCAAAUCAGGUUCUUGCUGACGCCUUGAUCCUUCAAGGCAUCUCACUAAUCGGAUGAUCCGAUUUCUGAGUUCUCUGUCUUAUGAGUUUGAUUGACUCUUUUAUUUACCACUACUGUUUUUGGAUAAGCUUAUUAUUAUGUACUACUGCUGUCCUUGUUAUUUCUUUACCUUGGAGUUGAUGCAAGUUCUCUUUACCAUUCAAACUUGGUAAUUUAUUUGGUUUGGGAUAAUUAAACUUGGUUUUCAUUUA